CUUUUGUCUUUACUUAUGAUAAGAAAAGUUUUGGAACUUGUCUUAUUGACAACAAUUGUUGCUGUACAAGCACACAACAUUACUUAUAAUGUCAUUGCAUCUUCAGCAAAUAAUUUUAUGAUAGCAGUCAAUGUCGAUGACACAUUAUAUCCAUUACACCCUUCUUAUGGUAUACUAUUCCAGGGCGAGGCACCUGCAGCAAAAAAAGGAUAUCGAUACUCCAUAAUAAAUGCUGAUGAUAAUAUUGUUAACAUCACGGAACCUUUUUUGCGUCCUCCUUUAGAGCAUAAUGUUGUUUCUACGCCAAAUCAUUUUUUUAAUCGGUCCAUUGAUAUUCACGAACUUAACUACCUUCCACAGGCAUUGGAACCUAUUUCUGCCCUUAAUCGAGUUCAAUCUGACUUGCAUAUUCCAAGCCAAAUACCAACUAUCCAUAUCUACGGCAACACAUCCGCUACACAAUAUUUGCAUGAAAACCAAUUGGAAGAUAUUGAAGUGAAUCUUGAUAUGACUUAUAUUAGUUUAGAUAAAGUGUAUUUAUUUGAACAAGUUGGAUUUUCGUUAGCUGGAAGAAGUUCACGCUGGGUUCCUAAAUUAUCGUAUGGUAUAAAACUAAACGAGAAGAAUGACACUACUUUAUUUGGUUACAAAAACCUUAAGCUACGUGCUCUUUCGAAAGACCCGACUUAUAUCCGUGAGAAUCUUGCUCAUAAUGUAUUAAAGUCCUCAGGUAUUCCAUCCAGUGGUUACUCAUAUGUCCGACUUUUUAUUGAUAAUCAACCAAUUGGUUUGUUUGGUUUGAUUGAAACUUUUCAAGAUCCUUGGGUAGCUACUGUAUUUGCUAACAAUGAUAAAGACUAUGCAUCUGGCUAUUUAUACCAAGGGGAAGGAUUCGGUUUCGAUGAACAAGAAGAACAAGUGUAUAUUUCUGAUUUACGUUACGAGGGCACUAAUAUCUCCAAAUAUGACUUUGAUCAAUAUGAUAUUAAAGCAGGCCCUUCAAAAAAUCCAUUGGAAGAUUUGAUAGAUUUGCAAACUUUUACGAAAUUUAUCAAUGAUUCUUCGGUAAGCACAACACCUGAGAGCGAAUGGGAAAAGCGUCUAGACGUAGAUUGCUUUAGUAGAGCUAUGGCCAUUGAAAACUUGAUUGGGCUUUCAGAUGCAUACAUGACAUUGGGAAACAAUUAUUAUCUAUAUCAAGACCCAAGACAAUCCGGUCGCUUCAUCUACAUUUCUACUGAUUUUGAUGAUAGUUUGGGAAGGAGUUUAUUUGAUCUUGAGCCCAUGCUCAGUGGGAACUAUGCUGAACAUCCUGGUUUUCUCUCCAGACCUCUUACAAGAAAAUUGUUUAGUUACCCUGUGUUUCUUAAAGCAUACGAAGAGCUGCUUUUGACAUUGUCCAAUACAUUAGUAAACCCAUCCAUCAUCAAUCCUUACCUGGAUAGUGUAGCGAAAAUGAUUAUUCCUGAUGUAGAAUGGGACUUUAAAUUACCAAGACUAGGUACAUAUAAACAAGGUGAUUUCCCAGAGUUUGUGUUUCGAAGAGGAGGUAGGGAAUACCUUCAAACAUUUCUUCCAGCUGGUGUUCAACAACAAACUACGUUUAAUUUAUCUAUUGGUAAUUUCGAUGAAUCGUUGAAUGGACCCUCUCCUCCACGUUCUGAAAGUAUCAAGACAUUCAUUGCUAAAAAACAUGCUGCAAUUAUGGAUUUUUACAAUGAAAGAACUGAAGAAAAAUAAAUGAUGAAAGCUUUUUUCUUUAAAG